GUGGUCACAGAGAGGAGCGAGAGGCAGAAGCCUCACACUCACUCAUUGAUACUCGCAGAGCGGGAGGAACUGAAGAAGGGGAGAGCAACUUAUAAACAAUCACACACACACACACACACACACACACACACACACACACACAGCGGGCUGUGAGCUGGGAUGGUAGCGGAGGAGAUUGUGGUCUCCCUCUCAGGAGGCUCACCAUGGGGCUUCAGACUGCAGGGAGGAGCAGAGCAGCAAAAACCUCUUCAGGUGGCCAAGAUACGCAGGCGCAGCAAAGCGUGCAGAGCUGGACUGAAAGAGCAUGACGAGCUGGUUGCCAUUGGCGACCAUGUGUGUUCCGAGCUCAGUCACGCUCAGGCCAUGGGCCUCAUAGACACGGAGAGCGCUACACUCUACCUGAGGGUUAAAAGGGCCCCUUCUGGAUACCACUCCUCAUCUCACUCUGUACCGCCCCGCUCCUCCAUGAGGGUCCUGUCUCCCCCCGUGGAACCCUUGGCCUCCCACCUUCUCUCCAUCCUCUCACCCACCGGGAUACACAAGGGCAUCACUUCCCCUCCAGACAGCGAGGCGUACUACGGAGAGACAGACAGUGACGCGGACACACAGUGCCUCACGCACCGUCGCCAGCGCCGCACACCUCCUCACGCACGCUCACCUGCGCGCUAUGACAACCAAGAAGAGGAGGAGACCUCAGAGAUGAGCGGGUAUGAGAGCGCCACAGAUGCAGGAGUUUCCAUGCAAGGGCAGUGGGACGUUCAGUGUCUCCCUGGCGUCCCACGCAGAGAGCUCAUCUACCAGCCCCCCCAGACUGAGUGGACCACUCCAGCACACACCCCACACACUCUGACCCCUCACACACUCACACCGACUCCUGAUCAGGGGCUGAUGGAAGCGGAGGGAGAAGUGGACAGUGGGUUUCAGGAGGCAGGGGGCUACAUCGGGCUGGCCUGCCCACCACUCGUGUCUCCUGAAAGGGCGAAAGACGCUCUGAUGUCGGCCUCUGGUAAACAGCUGGUGCCAAUGGUGGGACCACAGCAGACCCCAAUCAGCGACGAGCUCUGCACCACCUACGUGGAAAAAGCACGGCAAGCUAAGUUGCAGCGUGGGGAGAGUGUGGUGGAGAAACAGGUAAAAGAAGCCCGUACUAAAUGCCGCUCUAUUGCCUCUUUGCUGACUGAUGCUCCCAACUCCAACUCGAAAGGGGUGCUUAUGUUCAAGAAACGCCGGCAAAGGGCCAAGAAGUACACACUGACCUGCUUUGGCAAAGCUGAGGGAGAUAGAGGAGUGGAGACGGAAGGAGACACAGGAGGGGAGACGGAGGAAGAAGGAGGAAGCUCCAUCCCGAGUGGCUCAGAGGUUGAUGAAGAGGGAUUCUCAGCAUCAUUUGACCCUACGUGGGACACCGGCUAUCUAGAUCUGCUGGACAGGAAGAGCUCUGCCUGCCCAUUAACCAAACCAACCACAGCAACCACAGCAACCACACCAACAACUCCAACAACACCAACAACCAGUCACAGCUUGGGGCUGGACAUCUCAGCCUAUCAUACUCCAGGACUUGUGAUUCCAGACUAUCAAAGCCCAGGUUUGAAGGUCUCAGGGCUGGAGAGCUCAGCCUAUCACGGCUCAAGGCUGGAGAGCAGCAUCACGAAGCAACCAAUCGGUAAACACGCUGCACACAUGUGUCCUCCAGCUAUGGCUAUGACCAAUGGUGGGUCAGUAGCUGUCAGUCGGGCUAGUGUCAUUCUGAGCCCGCCCUCUCAGGCGCCCUUUCAAAGUCAAAAUGUGCAACAUGGCAACCCUAAUCUCAGUCCAAUCACAGACUCAGAUCAACUCCUGAAUCUAGGUGUUCUGAACCGUACUGCUCGCCCCUUCACCCCAGGCCCUACCUCUUCCUGUGCAUCUGUAACUUCUGUGAUGUUUCGCCCUCCUCAACCCAAACCCACAGCCGUGGCCAUGACGACGAAACCAGUGGCAGCCGUCUCCAUGGUGUCCCUCCAACCAACUCGGAUUCCACAAAGUCCUGAUGUAAGGAGAGCGGUGUCUAGCACCUCUCUAUACAUCCCUGCAAGAAACAACAACAGCAACACUCCCCCCUCUAUGAACUCUCCUCCCUCCUCUCUAUCUUCUGCACAUUUCUCACAGCCUACCACACACCCACCCACAUCUUCCCCUCAGCCCGCAGUAUAUGCUUCCCCUUCCACCCCGUUCUCUCCUUCCGCAGCUCAAAGUAACCUGUUCUGUCCAUCACCUGCUCAACACUUCUCCCCUCCAGUUCCCCAGCCAUUUAUCUCUCCUCAUGCUCCUACUUAUCCACCUACCUCCACCUACAUUUCUGCUUCUCCCAUCUCCCCACCACAGCCACCUGGUCUGUCUCAGGUCUCCUUCCAUGCCCAGCCCACCCCUCCUCCUCCUACUCCCACCCAACUUUCUCCAUCUCCAUCUGUCCAUCCCUACAUCAACAUGACAGGUGCAGCGACUCCUGGCCCUUAUGCUUCCAUGGCAACUGUAUCACCUCUGCAAGCUCCUGCUGCCGAUUCACUGGCGACAAGAGAAGAGCGCAUCUCGGUCCCCGCCACUCGCUCAGGCAUCCUGCACGAUGCCCGUCGUCGCAGCAACAAGAAGCCAAUGUUCUGUGCAGUCCAGAACAAAGAUGUUUCUCCAAACCCAGACCUGCUGUCGAUGGUCCAGAACAUGGAUGUUCACUUUGGAAGAACCCCUGGACCUGAACCUGGAGCUGCACCCAGUGGGGAGACUGGACAUGAGUCAGGGCCGGAGGAGGACUGGCUGAGGCUGGGGGCAGAGGCCUGCAACUUCAUGCAGGCUCAGCGGAGAACCAAGCCACCUCCUGUAGCUCCCAAACCCCAAACCCCUCAGGUGCCACAGCUGGCAGGGAAGGGAGGUGAGCUGUUUGCCCGCAGGCAGAGCAGGAUGGAUCGGUACAUUGUGGAGAGAUCUCCAUCUGUUGCUGCAGUACCAUACUCCCCUGCCCAGAUGAGGGAGUCUUCACCCACGCCUUCUCUCCCUUCCACCUGGAAGUACUCGUCCAACAUCCGUGCUCCACCUCCCAUCAGCUACAACCCCCUUCUCUCUCCUUCCUGCCCUCUCAAGGCCCAGAAGAAGCCUGAGGUGGCAAAGUCUGGGCCAGCUGGAUGUAAAGGGAAAAAAAAGGGUCUCAAGUCUGUGGACAUUAUGAGCCACCAGCCCUACCAGCUCAACUCUUCUUUGUUCAGUUAUGGCGGUGGUGUUCCCCAGGACAACUCCACCUAUCAGCUUCAGGGAGGAAUGACCAAGGGUCCUCAGAAGACAGCACGAGUAUAUGAGGUUAAGCGCUUCUCCACGCCCCCACCGACAUCUACAGGCCCUGCUCUCAAAGUUAUUGUACCUCGAUCAGCUACGACACUCGGAGAACCACUAUGGCGCUCUGAUGUCACAUCUCCUCCACCCACAGUUGGCCCCAUCCCAUACCAACCCUAUCAGCCUCAACCCCAAGCUUACCAACCUCAGUGGGCCGCCUCCCCUCUGUCUCCCCCACCUCCCCCCGCCCCUACAGCUCCACUCCCUCAGCUCCCCGCCUUCUCAGCUGCUCUCGCACCAAAUCCGGUCCCCACUUUCUCCCACCUCCAGUCCCCCAACACUGCACAGUCUAACAGGCAGUUUAAGAGUGCCCCAGAUCUGAGUCCCCUGUACCCUGCUGGUGCCUCUCGGCCGGCAUCUAGCAGCAUUCAACCUAACCGAGUCCCCAAGCCUAGAUUCAGCACUUCUAACCUGGGUCUGCAGCCUUGCGUCUGGCGCCCUGGAUCCACUGCGCACUGAACAGACUCUGGACUGGACAUAACAAACCAGGGCUCUUUGCGAACAUAGAGCAACAUUUUUUAAAAUAGGUUCAUGUGUUUUUAGUAUUGUAACAUUGUUUCAGGGCGGCAGUUUGGGUUUUACCAGCCACAUUUUAUCACAAGAUCUGUUUGGAUUGGCCACCCAUGUAGCACAUUUUAUCACAUUUUUAAUCUCGUUGACUCAUUUAUCCAAUGCUUUGGCUGUAGCUAGAGGGGAAAACUGUGUUUUGGAAAUGUAGUGUAGAAACCUGAGAAAAAGUUUUAAAAAUCAGUGACAGAUUGAAAGGACAGAAAGAGAUCCUGGAUGAAGCUGAAAUAAAGUUAUGUAAAUAUUGUAUUGAAUGAUUAAGAAUUAAGUUUAAACAUAAAAAAGAAGAAUAGAGGAUGUGAAAAGAUAAAGCUGUUGUAAGAGAGAUGAGGUCGAGGAUGGGAAAAGGAUGAAAAGGGAAGCACAGAUGAAGUAACAUAAUAUAAACAUGUCUGAUGAGGUGUGAAAGGUGAAGAUUUGACUCUGCAAACUUCCUACAGUACCUGUUGCCAUCCACCAACAGGUACUGUAGGAAGUUUGCACCAUCAUAUCAGAAAAGGUGCUUUGCUAACAAACUUGAAGUUGCUACUACUACUGUAAUCCUCUGUUAUAUAUAUUUUAAAGAUUUGUGUUUGAUGAUUGUCUUUUUUUUAGUUGCACUCUGCAGCAGUGUGUGCUUUGUUUUCCGUAGUUUUUCAUAGGAAGAGGAGCACAGCUGCCACGAAGAAGGGAAGCCAUUUACAGUAGCCUUGAUUUCUGAUCUGCUGAUAUGAAACAAGAGAUGUAUAACAUGUCUGUUUAGCUGUUUUCCACAGAGACAUGC